AACCUAAUUGUAAAGAAGAAGAAGAAGAAAGAAAGAAAGAAAAAAAAAAAAGAGCCAUAACUGUGAUGUAAUUUAAAUGAAUUUAGUUAUAAUCUUUUUAUAUAUAUUCAGUAUUAUUUACAAUAAUAAAAAGUGUACAUAUGUGUUUAGAGUUUUGGUAUAUGGCAUAGAAACUAAGAGUUGUUUUAGAUAGAGAUAAGGAAGAAAUUUUAAUAAUCGCUUGGAAAUAAUUUGAUAAUGCGGAUAGAAUGCAUUGUAAUAAGAACGGCAAUCAAUGAAGGUCCCAACGUCAGGAAACUCAAACAUGGACAAUAAAUUGAAGUUUUCAGAUCGAUUGAAGGCUUUAUUGAAAACGGAAGCGCACCAGGAUGUUGAUCCGUAUAUUUUUAGUGAACCGGAACCAUUUGGUAGCGCAGCAUCUGGAAGAAACUGUACAGUAGUUACUAAUAAAAGUUCUCAAGUGAUGCAAAAUUGUAAAAAAAGUAAAGGAAAAUGUACAAAAGAGAGGACAAAAUUAACGGCCAUACCAAGUGCAGGAUAUAGAACUGUUACAGGUAGAAGGACAGACUUGAAUGUGGAUUAUGGUGUUGGCAGAAGCAUAGAUCAAAAAUAUUCUAAUAUAGUUCAAAGUAAACGACGACACAUAGAAAAUCUGCAACGGCUGAGGUCAAGGAGGCCAAAUCGGGACCACACGUUGCUGUAUUAUCCCAAAGCGGGUGACGAAAUAUCAGAUAGCGAAUCGAGCGGAGACGAGAUGACAGUUUAUCAACGCCAUUGGUUCCCAGGAGACACGAGUACAGAAUUAAAUCGUUCUGCAAGAUUGUCCCAAUUAAGAUCUCAGUUAAGACGACGUUUGAUACAGUUAAAUAGAAGUGACGCUGACUCUGAAAUACUUUUACGUGAACGUGCGAGGUGUUUAUUGGAAGCUGCUUACAAGGAUCCAACAUCUACAGCUAGAGCUUUAGGUGAUUUGCCGGGAACUAGCAAAAUAAUAGAUGGACCACUUUUGGUAGGAGGACAAUGCGGUGCAGAAGGAUGCCAACAAAUAUCUUUACCUUGCACUCGUCAUUGUUCUCGGCACAUUAUGUUAAAUGGAGAUCAACUUUUGUUUGAACAUUGCACUGCCAAAUUUAGUGACAACACACAGUGUUGCAUUCCUGUGUUUGACGUAGCGCACGAAUUACCGCUUUGUCCUGAACACGCCAGAAAGAGGGAUAAUUAUAAUCGUAAGGCUCAAGAAUCCAAACCAAAGAAAGCAAGGAAAAAACCGGCAUCUCCUACAAUCCCAAGGCCUAAGCCUAAAUCAAGGCCAAAGAAGAAGAGGCGACCUCCCGCUAAUAAAUUAGAGACCAAAGGUACAUUAGCGCAUGAAGAGAAUCAUUACCUGAGCCAAAUGAACUCUAGUGAAAGUCAUAUCAAGACUUUGAAUAAUAUGAGCGUUACUCAAGGAAGCUCUAACUCUUCUAACUUAAACUUAGGAUUGGGUUUGAGUUCUCUCGGACUAGGGGGAGGUCUCAAAGUCGAGUUAAGCGAUCACGAAGUAUUUGCUUCUCUUGAUCCAUCCGAACACGACUUUGGAAACGUACUCAACACUUUACCUCCGGAUGCGUUUAAUGAUUUAUUUAUUGAAAAUAGAAACGGUGAAUAUGAGCCAUCAAGAGAGGAGGAGGAAGAAUUGGAAAGAGCGUUAGAAGCAGUGGACAAAGAUGUUCGUAAUUUAGAAAGAAUGGGACAAACACAUGGACUUUUAGAGCCAGCUUUACUAGCCCAACUUAUGUCAGACAUAGCUUCGUAGCCCCACCUACAUUAACACUAUAAUAAUCAGAAAAAUAAAAUUCGCGUGUGUUCCUUAUGAUGUAGAGAAAGAGAGAGAAAGAAAGAGAACGAGCAUGAGAACGAAAAUGAGAACGAGAAAGAGAUAGAAAAAGAGAAAAAAAAGAAAAAACAAGAAAAGAGAGAUACUUUUCUUGUGUGUCUGUGCCGCUGUUGCUGCUGCUGCUGUUACAUGUUAACUCGUGACUCACUGACUUCUUAUCAUAUGCAGUUGUACAUGUUUACAAGACAUUGGCAGGGAUCGAUUAUACAUAAUAUAGAAU